UCGAAUGAAUACGAUUUGUACGGGAAAAAAUGUUUUUUAAAAAAAAAUCAAGUACGAUUUUUCACAUUGAAGAAAGAAGGAAAUUCAACGUCAGAUUAAAAUGAAACUAUUAAUUGGAAAAUUCACAGCUCUUGUUUUGUCCCAAUGUCUAUGGUUGGGUGGAAUACGCAUGCAAUUUUCAACACCUUGGUCGUCGGUAAUAACAACAAGCCCGACAACAACAGCAACAACAAACACGUCGUUUAUUAACACAACGUCGCAAAGCAACACGUCAUUUAUCAACACAACAGCGAAUACAACAACCAGUUCAUCCACAAAAAGCCGCCUGGAUUGUAUUCUGCACUUGCAGAAUUUAAACCUUCUCCCAGAUUUUCCACAAUCAACAACUAUUGUCAUGCCUUCUCCGUCACCCUCCACCUCAAUUGUCAGAGUAAACUCGAGCUUGGUGAAGAUUACCAUGAACACGUCCACAGCCACAUUAAAUAUGUCAGCAUCAUUCUCUUCAACAAGCAAAAAAGUAGCAAAUACUACGGUUGUUAUGGAAACAACGCAAACCGUCUUAUCAACAGUUACACAGACUCCCACAAUACAAACAACUGAAAAUGCAACAACCACAACAGAAAUAACGACGACGACUACGACGACGAAAACAACGACGACGACGAAAAGUCCAACGACAGUUUUUUGCAUAAAUCUCUUAUUUGGACCCAUUUCAGAAAAUGGCAAGUUGCCAUAUAAAACAUUGCCUGAGUACGGCGCAACAACGCCACCACCCACUACCACCACCACCACGUUGACUCCAGAAGAAAUGAAAGAGAAUCUGUGCAAAUCAUACAAAAAUUGGAAACCGAAAUUAUCAGAGUGUAAUGUUCCAAGUAAACCUUGUUUCUACGACGUCAUGAAGGAAAUCGACGACUACUUUGACUGUAAACGUUAUGGAAAUGGUAGUGAGCCGUCAACAUACAUUGACACUGAAAAUCCAAUGGUACUCAACUCUUUCAUGUCCACAUUAGCAAACCAAAUAAUUAACACAUUCAUUCACAACAAGAUAUUGAACCCAGAGUUGGCUAAGACCGCGGUUUCCAGAAGAAAGUCUAGUGUGUUCAGUUACAUAGUGUGGAUGGUGGGAUUAAAAGUGCGCUAUAGUGAUGUUUUAUGGCCUGAUUACACUGACUCGUUAUAUGAAAACGGUAAGUGGAACAACAGAAAUGACUCAAUCUACGUUCCGUAUGGAAUUCUACCAAGGGGAGAAUACAGGUAUCAUUUCUCGAUGUACGAAAAUUUAAACAAUAGAAGCAUAACGAGUUGGAACGCUCGAUUAAAAGAGGAAUGGGAGUACAAACAUGUCAUUAUUACCGGCGUUUACAUUGAUCACUCGACAGAGCCUGAUUUUUACGACAAUCCAAAACUCCAAAUCAAUUCAGCACUUCUCCAACUAACCGUCGAACCAGUUGUGUCUCAACCACUACCCGGCUAUAUGACAAUUACUUUCACUCACAAGCGCGACAAGAUGGUCAACCCAGUGUGUGUCUACUGGCAGUAUAUCAAUCAAGAUGUUGCUGGCAAGCUCCCUGCAGCUGGAUAUUGGAGCAACUAUGGCAUGACAAUGCGACGAACCAACGCAUCUAUGACUGUUUGUCGUGCAACCCAUUUCGGUAUCUUCGCAUUACUUAUGGAACCGGUGGAGCCAGCAGCCGAAAAGCCAACCGAUUGGUUGGGUGUGAUAGGCAUAUUGAUCACGCUAGUUUCUAUCAUCACACUUCUUGUGUUUCUUGUAGCCAUGGGGAUGUUGAAAUCAUACCAGACACCGAACAGCCGAAUGUAUAUGUGUAUUGCUGCCUCCUUGUGUCUCGCUCAAUGCUUCUUUCUUUAUUCCUACACACAGAAAGACGACGGGGAGAUAUGUAACACAAUGGCUGACUUCAACGCUCUUUUUUACACAGCUGUAAUGUCGUGGGCUAUGCUGGAAGGCUUGUUUCACUACUCGCAAGUACACCAUAUCUUCAGCCAAAGGACAAACAGAAGCUUGUUUUACCAUAUCAUUGGCUGGGGAUUUCCAUUAUCGGUAGCGGUGGCUUUACUUGACUAUCCGUACUCCAAAUAUGACGAAUUAAGGUACUGCUGGCCUUAUCUAAAGGGAUUUGAAAUGGCACAUUUUGGUGGUCCACUCCUGAUUUUGCUGUUUAUUUUGAUUACGAUAAAAAUUUUAAUCAUCAUCAGCGUAAAAAAACAUCCCGAAAAAAUCAAAGAGCUGCAAUUCAUUCAAGCUAUAAAAAGCAUCAAAUCGUCGUUCGUGUUUACAGUCACGUUAUCGAUCACAUGGCUCAUUGGAACAUACGGUCUUCACACAGCCGAAAUCAUUCAGAAGAUAGCGUUUCUUCUCCUAACCAGUUUACACCUUGUUUUAGCAGCAGAGAUUUUUUAUUUUUAUUUCAUGAAGAACGAAGAAGUACAAGAUGCUCUUGUCGAACAAAAGAAAAUUCGAAAAAACAACCGAUUAAGAACGUACGCCCAUUUGGACGGUGUGGCGUUGGAGGUGAACUACGUGUCGAACAAGAACGAGGGCGAAAAUCAAAUUAGUAAUGCAGGAAAAUCAGAUUGUUAAUCCCAGGAAAAUCAACACAGUAACGACAACAGAAAUAAGAAGCACAAUAUCACAAUCAACAUGAGGACACAGCAGAUGUUUGUUUUGAUUGAAAGGAAACCAAAGUUGUUUAAAACUUAAAAUUUUAUUUAAACUUAACAUCCAAAAAAAGAAUUCGUUCCAUGAUUGAUUGAUUGAUUGAUUUAAUUUAUUUACCGUCGGUUAUUAUAUUCCAUUUAUUGUAUUUUAGUCUAAAUAUACGAUAUUUAGACUAAAAUAAAAACUAUUUAGACUGCUGCAUAUAAACGCCCAGGGCUUAUUAAGACUUUAUAUAAGACAAGUCAAAUAUUUAUGUAGGGCGAAGAAAGCACCAAAGAGAGGCGUUCAAUCAAACCAUUACAGUAAUUGUUAUUUAAAUGUUUUGCACCACAACUAUAUGUAACAUGUAAAAAAAAAGUGAA